UUUUUUGGGUCACCAUGUCUGUUCGAGUCGCCGUGGAGUGUUUGACGUGGCGCCGCUGGAGUUGUUUACGUGGACGUCAAAGUGUCAUGGCGGCCGCCGGCAGGAGAGAAUGCUGCAAGCUAGCACCAAAACAGCAAGAUAAAUUACCGAAGAGGUCCAAGUUCCCACCGGCACCGAGCGCAACACACGACUGGAUCGGCCCGCCCAACCCCCUCUCCAACAUGCGACCCAUCGUCUACCGUGUGCCCCCGAACGAGUCGGAGCUGGAGAGACGCCUAAGGAACAUGCGGCAGGACACCGAGGACUGGAACCACCAAUUCUGGAGCCAACAGAACCUCACCUUUGGCAAGGAAAAAGACGCCUUCAUUGUGUCGCAGCUGAAAGCAAAAGGCUUGACUGAGCGAGACCAGCAAGGCCGCCGCCGCACUCUGACCAGUGAGGAAAUGUCCGUCUUCUACAAGGACUUCUUGGACAAAAACCGACAGCGCCAUGUCAACUACAACAAGGAGUGGUACCGGCGCAACUUGUCAAUCACCUUCCUCAUGGCCCGCGUUGCAUUGCACAACCUGUGGAAGAGGGUCGGCCGGACUAAAUGCCGCAAUACACCCGCAACUUGAUCACAGACGCCUGUCAAUCAUCGGCUGGAAAGUCACUUAUCAGGGACAAACGGUGUGCACUAACUGGGAAUCACACUCGGCA